GUGUAUUUUGUAAAAACUGUAAAGGAGGAUGUGGCUGUAGGGGCUGACGGUUCUCAUGAAUAUUACUGCUCUUCUUUCCAACAGUUAAAAGAAUAUUGGCAGAAAAACAGCCCUAGAGUUCCAGCAGGAACGAACAGGAACAGAAAAACAAAUGGCAGUAUCCCUGAGACAGCCACUUGUGGUGGUUGCCAGCCACCUGGGGAUUCAGCAACAGGUUUCCACAGGGAAGGCCCUACAUCAUCUGCUACCCUGAAAGAUCUGGAGAGCCCGUGCCAAGAACGAGCAGUAGUCCUGGAUUCAACGUCCGUCAAAAUCAGUCGGCUGAAGAAAACCAUCAAAUCUUUGAAACAACAGAAGAAACAAGUGGAACAUCAGCUGGAAGAAGUAACGUGAUUUCGUUUCCUCGCGACAUGACUGCUGGGUUUGGGG